UUUUUAUCCGCUGCGACAAUCACUAGUACUCACGAGCCAAAUUGUAGUCAUGGUCUUUUUCUUCAAACUCACCAUCUCUUUGUUCGCCCUCCAAUUCUUCGCAGUUCAAGGUUUUCCAGCAGAGUCUCGCAGUGAUGAAAUCAAUAUCUGCGGGGGCAAUGCUUAUCCUUGCCCUGUAGGAUAUAUUUGUUGUGGUCCACUCGUCGAUAUAAAUGGCACUGUUUAUGGAAGUUCCUGUGUUCCGGAAAACGGCGCCUGCCCGCUUUAAAUUUCUAGCGUCUGAACAGUAGUUUUCGUAGAGCUUUUUCCGUCUCGUUCACAAUGUCGUAUGUAGGGUGCGAUUAAAUUCGCUAUAUACGCUUUUGUUUGUAUAAGUCUACUGGCACAUAAGAAAUAAAAUGUUCUGAAU